GAAUUGGCUUUGGGGGUGACCAGAGAGAUAUACCUGCUGGAGCGCGUGCUACAGGUGUGGUUUGUGAAGAUGGAGGGAGAGCAUCCUCAUGAGGAGAAGCAGACUGAAACUGCUUGCUGUGCAUCCCAAUGUCCCAAAGAUGGAGAGGAGAGGCAGGGACAAGGGGCUAUGUUAUGGUCCAUCCAGGAGGCAGUGGAGAGGCAGACCAUGCAGAUAGGAACGUCCGCCUGUGGGGCAACGGCCGUAGUGGACGUCCUACAGGCCCUCGGCAUCGUUGUGGCACCCGAGACGGCUGACCGGUGUGUGCGGACGUGCCUGAGGAGGAACGAGGCGCCGCUGCCUGAUUACCUGUUCUCCCGGAGCGAGGCUGGCGCCACACACGCACAGCUGAUAGCUGGGGCGGAGCAGGCUAGUGGUGGGCGCGUGCUGGGUCGCCACUUCCCCCUCCACCCUCGCCGGCGGGUGAGGCUGGUACCCUGGCUGGCACAGUGGAUCCAGAAAGGGGCAGUUCCCGUGGCCACCAUGAACAUGCAGCUGGCAGUGCCAGAGGGAGAGGAGGUUCCCGACGCAUGGCACCACCAACUCAUCUUUGGGGUCGGACCCGACACUGUCUAUAUGACCAAUCCCCUGGAUGUGGUGAGUGAGCGGGAGGUGCAUCAGCGACUCUGCAGUGAAUCUGUGUUGCUGAUACGUCGAGAGGAUGUGCUGCUGAGAUUGACAGCUGACGCCCCUCUGUCUAGCCUAUCGGACGACCAGUCUGACCCACGCUGGAAAGCCCUGGAUGUGGAGGGUCAAUUGAGGCAGAUGAUUCGUGAGGAAGACCAUGAUGAUGAAGAUCAGUUUAGGAUGAGCCAUGUCAUGAUCCCCGCAGCGUACAGUUCAGGUGUGACAGUCUUCGCCCUCAGAGAUUCAGACCAAGGACAGGAGCUUCUCCACGCCCCUGAACUCCCUUUGCUUUGAUAUGGCUGGACAGUGGACACAUCAUUACCAAAGAUCUUGCGGUGAUUGGACAAUGCAUCUUUGACCUUCCCACUAUUGUUACAUUUAUUCGGUGAGGGGAAAUGUUCAGAAACUGGUGAUAGAAAUGUCAUUAAUAGAGCUGACAUGGUUCCUUAUUCUACAGGUAAGAGAGGCUUGGCUGUUCUACAUAAUAUAUUUCUAUCUGAACAUCCCACAAUGUUGCACCCUGCUGAAUGUGCCCCAGGCGUAUUCAGUGAGGUGAAACACUCAAAAACUGAUAUAAACUAUAGAAUUGAUAGAGCUGACUCAAUUUCCUAUUCAGACAACUCAUGAUUCUGAUAUGUCUAUCUAUAAUAUUGGCCAGUCAUGUUGUACACAAUACAUUUUUAUCUGAACGUUCAGUAACGUCACUCCGACCUGAACGAGGCCCUGCUGCUGUACAGUAGGAUAUCCGUCCCUGACAGUAAUACCUUGUUUGAACACUUUUCUGGGUCGUAUUCACUGACAUCAAGCAGAAGAAAAUUAACCGAAACAGGAAGUGACUCCCUGAACUUACCCAAUAAGAAACAUUCAUUUUCCUUUUCCAUUAAAUAACGUUUUGCUACAGUAUGCACUAAUGAAUACGACCCUGAUCUUAUGUGUGUGACGUUAAGAAUAGCCUACUUGAUGUAUGCCCCUGCACCAGUGGAGGCUGCUGAGUGGAGAACGGCCCGUAAUAAUAGCUGGAACUGCGCAAAUAGAAUGGCAUCAAACACAUAGAAACCAUGUGUUUGAUGUAUUUCAUACUAUUCCACUAAUUCCGCUCCAGUCAUUACCAAGGGCCCGUCCCCCCCAAUUAAGGUGCAACCACCCCCUGUGCCCUGCACAUUGAAAUGGUUGCACAGUUUGAAACCCUUUCUACUGCAGCAGGACAAUCAACCCUAAUGCGCCACUCUGUGCAAUACCAGAUAAGCUAAAUCAUGUGGCACUGGAAUGUAAAUGUGAUGUUGUGCUCAUCUACACAGAUACAGAUUAGGUAUAUAUCUGAGUGUGCUCAUGAUUUGCAGUUUUCUGUGGUCAAGAUUUUUGGCUACAACUUAUUUGGCCAGUUUCCCAGACACAGAUUAAGCCUGGUCCUUGACUAAGAAUGAUGUUCAAUGGAGAUUCUCCAUUAACAGUAGCAGUUGAGUCCAGGACUAGGCUUGAUCUGUGUCCAGGAAACCAACCAAAUAUGAAAUUAUGUUUAAAUCAAUCAAUGUGUAUCUGUUGUCGUUCCAGGUUGUGAUGUUUGUCAUGUUAACUCCCUUUUAUUUGUAAGCUAUCAAAAUACAUAAAGAGGGUCGCACGAUCUACAUAUAAAAACUCCCAGUCAUUUCUUGGGUGAAACACCAA